CUUAAUGUGACGUUCGACGAACGAAUCUGCUCCAGACCGUUUGUAGCGUUUGAAAGCGAACGAGAAGUAGGCUGCGACUGUUCGCCAGAAUUCGGGAGAAGGUUUCGCAAUACGUUCUCGAUGGUCUAAAGCGGAAGCAGACGCUUGACAAUCUUUCUUUUCACAGACGACGCCGGCCCGAACGAACGUGUGAGGUAAAUUGUUAGCAGAGUGGUUAAUUGCUAGGAGCAGCAGAACGCACAGAAAUGGACGCAGCGCAGCAAGCAUUCCAGCAUGAUCUUGCAAUCAUGGUGUACCACUAUCUGCUCGAAUGGCGAAUGGAGAGUGUGGCACAGCAGUUUGCCGCUAGCUGCCCGGUACUGGUAUCGGACGAAAACUUCGCGCAGAAUGGUUUGAUGUCCAUCAUACCAUACCGUCGGCUGCAUGAUGCGAUGUUCGAAUACAGCGAGUUGCUCGACUCAAUGCGCCGAACGAUUCAGAUGUAUCAUACGGAGGUGCCGAUACCGUUCGGUGCCACAAGCUGGGAUAAAAUUAAGUUUAUCAUAGACUAUUUUUAUAUCAAAGGCUCCGUCGACGGCACGGACGGUGGGGGGAACAUCAAUCCCGGUAUCGUGUUCACCACUCAGCCAACCCCAUCAACAUCCACGUCGGCGGCCACGGCCGGUGCUGUGGCGGAUGCGGGAAGCAUCUACCAUCUGGUGCAGGUCGCUCAGACUCCAGCUGAACUGUCGAAUCCAUCGCUGGAGCCGGGUGGCCAGAAUCCGCCCGCUGUCCCGGGUACCAGCAACGCGCCCGAACAAAGCACCGCCGGACAGCCAGUGUUCAUGUACCUAGCGAGUAAUGCUGGGCAGGAGCUUAAAAAUGGCACCUUUCUCAUAACGAUGGGCGACAGCAACAAUCAAGCGCCACUGGGCGACGCAAUCCAGAGCUCGGCCAACUUUCUCACCCUAGACGAUGCUGUCGCCGUCGGUCAGCAGAUUGAUCUGAGUGCAAUGAUUGGAAAGCAACCAUCGCCACAUCUGCCAGCAAUUUCGCUGCCAAGCAUUACCAUCAUUGACGAUCAUACCGGUCAUACCACCACAAAGGAGGAGGUAGCAAACCCGCAAGACCUUUGCCCGGAGCCGGAAAACAAUGCGCAACCGGAACCGGAGAUGAGUUGUGCAGCACUUCCCAGCCUUCCCGUUCUGGAAGCGGAAGAUCAACCCACGGUAGAGGAACGCCAGCAGGAGGACGCAUUAGUUACCUCCAGCAAGGAACUACUGUUACCGACUGAUGGAAAUGCGGAGCAGGGCGAAGCCCCGCCGGCACCGGAACUUCCGGCCGCUCAGCAAAAAGCGGUAGAUCCAGACGCGCUCAAGGAGUGGCAGCAGAUCCGGGGAGUUACCAUGCAGAAUCUAGACAAUCACAUUCGCCAGCUCAACUAUGAGGCUGAAUUGAAGCAGUUGCAGGAGCAGGCUGCCAAAAGGACAAACGCGGAGCUGCGCAGUAAGCUGACGCAAUCGGACGCAACCGAUUCGUCACCUUCCGUGCAGCUUGCAAUCUUCCGGACGGUGGAAACUCGAGCCACCAAGCCAAAGCGGGGCAGGAAGAAGAAGCGUGCGGGAAAGGUAGCCGCAAAGGGUGGGCAGUCAACCGUUGCCGAACUGCCGCAGCAAGCCCGGCUGGACGAUAGUGAGUCGUCCGAUUUCGCUUCCUCGGCCGAUGAGGACGCGGACGUGCGUAAAAUGUUCGAAAGCGUGAAGCAGUACCGGAAGCAAAAGAAGCGGCUUGCGGCGAAGGAAAACGAAGCGGAAGCAGCGGCAGCUUCGAGCAACGUUCAGUGCGAGCCGUGCGCGUCCUUCGCAACGGGCCGGAUGCUUUUUGCUGCGGGUCACGCGCCGCACAAAUCUACCGUCAAGCGGAGCCUGCGAAACCGGUCACCUUCCUCGAGCUCGGUAAGUACACCGGAGCGGAAGCAGGCCAAACGAUCGCCAACCGUUCCGGACAGCAACAACGCCACCACCGUCGUGCCUUCGGCCGCCACCAAUCGUCGUGUCGGUCUUACCAAAUCGGCGAAGAAAAGCAACCUUACCCCGGCGGACGGGACCCAACCACCACCAGCGCUGGCACCCCUCUCGCCAAAGAACCGUCGCCCGGUGCGCGCCUGUACGAUGAAUCGUAAACUGAACGCUUCGACACCGUUAAAGCAACCGGUAGUGCCGGCCCGCCAUGGAGAGAAUCUGCCGCCCCCCGGUACGGUUGGUACGCCCGAGCCGGAAAAGCACGACGACGGGAAACCGGAUCCGGUCGAGGAAAAUUCCUCGACCGGCUCCGACACGGUCGCUGUGGGUGAAGAGGCCAUCUACGCUGUGCUGGCCAAGCUGCACGGCGACACUUAAGCGGGGCUGGCUGGCGUACGCAUUCACCAUUUCAGUGCCAUUUGUGCCCCGCCCUUAUUAUUAUCAUUAAUUUGUUUUGUCCAUUCUAGUAUUUCACUGUUCCUAUGUUACUUCCGCUGCGCUACCUUCCUUAAUCAUGCGCUUUCAGUUCAUACAGUUGAACGAUUGAACUGUAACUCGUACAAAUGAUUUAAUACUAAUAAAGAAGACUGGAACAGCAAA